CGCGAGCGGGGAGCGGGCGGCGGCGGGCGCGGCGGGGAGGGGGCUGCGCCGGGGAGGGGGCUGCGGGCCGCCGGGGGCGCCCGGCCCGCGCGCCCCGCGCCCCCGGCCCGCCGUGUUCCCGGGGAAAGUUUGUGGGGAGUUGCUGUGGGGGGUGAAGCGCCUGCCUCUCCUGGAGGAGCCGCCGCCGCCACUGCCGCCGGCGCCGCGGAGCUGGGGCUGGUGGCGCUGUGGUGCCGCCGGCUCGGGGGAGGGUCAGAGCGGCCACCGGCGGCGGCGGCGGCGGCGGCGCGGCCCGGCUCCGGCCAGGCGGGCACCCGCGCGCCCCGACCCCGGCCGGCCCGGCGGGCGCGUCCCGGGCCCGGGCCCGGGCCCGGUCGCCGUCGCCGUCGCCGGCUGUCAGCCGGCCCGGGCCGCGCCGCCCCUCCGGCGCCCGGGGUUCGGCUCCCCGCGCGGACCGGUCGUUUGUUUACGUCUCGGGGAGCGCCCCGGGGCCACCGGCAAACCUCGCGGCCACCCCGCUCUUUUGUGUGCCUGCGUGAGAGGCGCGGACCUGCCCCUCCGCGCCCGGGGACCCCGUCAGGAGCGCUUUGGGGAAACUUGCGAGGGGCGGCGGGGGCGCCCCGAACGCGCGGUGCCGGCGGGACCGUGCGCUUAGGACCGCCCGGCGGGUGCGGGUGCGGGAGCCGGUGGAGGGCUGCAACUUUACCCGGGCGCAGGGCCCCGCGCUUCGCCCCGGCGCGCCGUCUGCUCGGGCAGGGGGCACUUCCUCCUAGCCGCCUGUCCGGGCGGCCCUCGUUCCGCACUCUGGGGCUCCCGGGGGCUCCCAGUGGCCCGCAGCCCGCUGCACUCUGGCCCUCUCUCCCCAGAGCCAGCCCUCUAAGCGGGGUCCGAAUGGAGCGCGCGGCAGGUCCGCUCCCAAAUGCUUUCCCGGGCCGCGUUCUCGAAAGCAAAGCCCCGGGGGCCCUGCUGGAUUGUGGCGUGCCAGGCCGUGGUCCGCGCACCGUACCCUGGGCGCCGCGAGGGGAUCGCGCCGGGGCUCCCGACACGGGGACCGAGGUACUGCUGCGGCCUGGGGGCGCCCUCCUGCCGGCCGCCCCCCACCCAGAGGGGUGCGCCCUCGGGGUCUGCCCGGCACGUGCCAGCUCCGCAGUUGCGGCUCCAGGACAGCCCCGGGACCCUGCCAGGUGGAUGUUGUGCGUAGCCGGAGCCAAGUUGAAGAGAGAACUCGAUGCCACCGCAACAGUAUUGGCGAACCGACAAGAUGAAAGCGAGCAGUCCAGAAAGCGGCUUAUCGAACAGAGCCGGGAGUUCAAGAAGAACACUCCAGAGGAUUUGCGCAAGCAGGUAGCGCCACUGCUGAAGAGUUUCCAAGGAGAGAUUGAUGCACUGAGUAAAAGAAGCAAAGAAGCCGAGGCAGCCUUCUUGAAUGUCUACAAGAGAUUGAUUGAUGUUCCAGAUCCGGUGCCGGCCCUGGAUCUCGGGCAGCAGCUCCAGCUCAAAGUCCAGCGCAUGCACGAUAUUGAAACGGAGAACCAGAAACUUAGGGAAACUCUGGAAGAAUACAACAAGGAAUUUGCCGAAGUGAAAAAUCAAGAGGUUACGAUAAAAGCACUUAAAGAGAAGAUCCGAGAGUAUGAACAGACUCUGAAGAACCAAGCUGAGACUAUAGCUCUGGAAAAGGAACAAAAGUUACAAAAUGACUUUGCAGAAAAGGAGAGAAAGCUGCAAGAGACCCAGAUGUCCACCGCCUCCCAGCUGGAGGAAGCGGAGCACAAAGUUCAGACUCUGCAAACAGCCCUGGAAAAAACACGAACAGAAUUAUUUGACCUGAAAACCAAGUAUGAUGAAGAAACGACUGCAAAGGCUGACGAGAUUGAAAUGAUCAUGACGGACCUUGAAAGAGCAAAUCAGAGGGCAGAGGUGGCGCAGAGAGAGGCCGAGACCCUCCGGGAGCAGCUCUCGUCGGCCAACCGCUCCCUGCAGCUCGCCUCGCAGAUCCAGAAGGCGCCGGACGUGGCCAUAGAGGUGUUGACCCGCUCCAGUCUGGAAGUUGAAUUGGCCGCCAAGGAGCGGGAGAUCGCCCAGCUCGUGGAGGAUGUGCAGCGACUCCAGGCCAGCCUCACGAAGCUGCGCGAGAACUCGGCCAGCCAGAUCUCCCAGCUCGAGCAGCAGCUGAGUGCCAAGAACAGCACGCUCAAACAACUGGAAGAAAAACUCAAAGGACAGGCUGACUAUGAAGAAGUGAAGAAAGAAUUAAACAUCCUGAAAUCCAUGGAGUUCGCCCCGUCCGAGGGAGCUGGGCCGCAGGAUGCGUCCAAGCCCCUGGAGGUGCUGCUGCUGGAGAAGACCCGCUCGCUGCAGUCCGAGAACGCCGCGCUGCGCAUCUCCAACAGCGACCUGAGCGGGUCAGCCAGGAGAAAAGGGAAAGACCAGCCUGAGAGUCGGCGCCCUGGACUUUUGCCGGCCUCCCCUUCUUCUCAGUUGCCCCGCAACACGGGGGAGCAGGCUUCCAAUUCUAAUGGUACACACCAGUUCUCACCAGCGGGGUUAAGUCAAGACUUUUUCAGCUCAUCCCUGGCAAGCCCCAGCCUAGCCCUGGCUUCUUCAGGAAAAUUUGCACUAAACUCUCUCCUCCAGCGACAGCUCAUGCAGUCCUUCUACUCCAAGGCCGUGCAGGAAGCAGGAAGCACAAGCCUGGUUUUCUCAACAGGUCCAUACAGCACAAACCCCAUACCUUCCCCGAGCCCAUUACAGCAGAGCCCGGAUGUCAACGGCACGGUCCCGUCUCCCGGCCAGGCAGAGAGCGCGGGGCCCGUCUCCGAGGGCGAGGAGAUAGACACCGCGGAAAUCGCCCGGCAGGUCAAAGAGCAGCUGAUCAAGCACAAUAUCGGCCAGCGCAUUUUUGGACACUACGUCUUGGGACUGUCGCAGGGGUCCGUGAGCGAGAUUCUGGCCCGGCCCAAGCCCUGGAAUAAACUGACUGUGCGAGGCAAGGAGCCUUUUCACAAGAUGAAGCAGUUCCUCUCGGACGAGCAGAACAUCCUGGCACUCCGCAGCAUCCAAGGCAGACAAAGAGAGAAUCCAGGCCAGAGCCUGAACAGACUAUUUCAGGAAGUUCCGAAACGAAGAAAUGGGUCUGAAGGUAACAUCACCACCCGGAUCCGCGCCUCGGAGACCAGCUCCGACGAAGCCAUCAAGUCCAUCCUGGAACAGGCCAAAAGGGAGCUGCAAGUGCAGAAAGCUGCAGAGCCAGCGCAGCCACCUUCGGCGUCCAGCAGCGGGAGCUCGGACGAUGCCAUCCGCUCCAUCCUGCAGCAAGCCCGCCGUGAGAUGGAGGCCCAGCAGGCUGCCCUCGACCCUGCCUUAAAACAAGCACCCCUGUCCCAGACCGACAUCGCCAUCCUGACCCCCAAGUUGAUCGCCACCUCACCCCUGUCGUCGGUGUCCAGCUACUCUCCGCUCGCCAUCUCCCUCAAGAAGCCCUCCUCAGCGCCAGAUCCCGGCGUCUCUGCCCUGCCGACCCCCACGGCCCCCAAAAAGGAGGCCCAGGAAGCCCCUGGGCUGGAACUCCAGGGAGCGGCGGACACUGCCCAAGGGGUCCUGAGACACGUGAAGAACGAGCUGGGGCGCAGCGGUGUCUGGAAGGACCACUGGUGGAGCACGAUCCAGCCCGAGAGGAGGAGCGCCGCCACGGCUUCCGAGGAGGCGAAGGCUGAGGAUGCCGGCAGCGGGAAGGAGAGGGUCAGCGGCGGCCAGGCGCGGGCCGAGCGCAGCCAGCUGCAGGGGCCCUCCUCGGCCGAGUACUGGAAGGAGUGGCCCAGUGCCGAGUCCCCCUACUCCCAGAGCUCAGAGCUGAGCCUGACGGGCGCCAGCCGCAGCGAGACACCCCAGAACAGCCCCCUGCCCUCCUCCCCCAUCGUGCCCUUGUCGAAGCCCUCCAAACCCUCGGUCCCCCCGCUGACCCCGGAGCAGUACGAGAUCUACAUGUACCAGGACGUGGACACCAUUGAGCUCACCCGGCAGGUCAAGGAGAAGCUGGCCAAGAACGGCAUUUGUCAGAGGAUAUUCGGGGAGAAGGUGCUGGGCCUGUCCCAGGGCAGUGUCAGCGACAUGCUGUCCCGGCCGAAGCCCUGGAGCAAGCUGACCCAGAAAGGCCGCGAGCCCUUCAUCCGCAUGCAGCUCUGGCUGAACGGCGAGCUGGGCCAGGGCGUCCUGCCCGUCCAGGGGCAGCAGCAAGGGCCAGUCCUCCAUUCUGUGACGUCACUACAGGACCCCCUCCAGCAGGGCUGUGUGAGCUCAGAAAGCACUCCAAAGACCUCGGCCAGCUGCAGCCCUGCGCCAGAGUCACCAAUGAGUUCUAGCGAAUCAGUGAAGAGUUUGACUGAGCUGGUCCAGCAGCCGUGUCCCUCCCUUGAAACCAGUAGGGAUGGAAAACCACCAGAACCCAGCGAGCCUCCCUCCUCAGACUCCCAGCCCACACCUCCCCUGCCUGUCCCUGGACACUCGGCUCUCAGCAUUCAGGAGCUCGUGGCCAUGUCUCCAGAGCUGGACACCUACGGCAUAACCAAGAGGGUUAAGGAGGUGCUGACGGACAACAACCUCGGUCAGCGCUUAUUCGGGGAGACCAUCUUAGGGCUCACCCAGGGCUCCGUCUCAGACCUCCUCGCUCGCCCCAAGCCCUGGCACAAGCUCAGCCUGAAGGGACGGGAGCCCUUCGUGCGGAUGCAGCUGUGGCUGAAUGACCCCAACAAUGUGGAGAAGCUGAUGGACAUGAAACGGAUGGAGAAGAAAGCCUACAUGAAGCGACGGCACAGCUCAGUCAGCGACAGCCAGCCCUGCGAGCCUCCAUCCGUUGGCAUCGACUACAGCCAGGGCGCCAGCCCCCAGCCCCAGCACCAGCUGAAGAAACCCCGCGUGGUGCUGGCCCCCGAAGAGAAAGAAGCUCUGAAACGAGCGUAUCAGCAAAAGCCAUACCCGUCACCAAAAACCAUCGAAGAACUCGCCACCCAGCUCAACUUGAAAACCAGCACUGUCAUCAACUGGUUCCACAAUUACAGGUCUCGGAUCCGCAGAGAACUGUUCAUUGAGGAAAUUCAGGCCGGAAGCCAGGGCCAGGCCGGGGCCAGCGACUCCCCGUCGGCCCGGAGCGGCCGGGCGGCGCCCAGCUCGGAGGGCGACAGCUGCGACGGCGUGGAGGCCGCCGAGGGCCCGGGUGCCGCCGACGCCGAGGAGUCGGGCGGCCCCGCGGCCGCCGCCAAGUCUCAGGGAGGGCCGGCCGAGGCGGCCGCGGCCCCGGAGGAGCGGGAGGAGGCGCCGCGGCCGUCGGAGAAGGCGGAGCCGCCGCCCUCGGGCCCCGCGGCCCCGGACGACGACGAGGGCCGGCCCCGGGUGCCACCGCCGCCCGAGGGCCCCGCGGACGGCCCGGGGCCCGUGCCAAACCCCGCCGCCCCCGCGGCCGGGGAGGACGCCGCUACCUCAGUCCGCCGCGCCCGAGGGAGGGCCCGGUCCAUGCCCGCGAUCGCAGCCGAGAGGAGUUCCGCUUUGCCAAGCACCAGCGCGCCGCCCGCCGCCCGCCGGCCCAGCUCGCUGCAGAGCCUCUUCGGCCUCCCGGAGGCCGCGGGCGCGCGGGACUCGCGGGACAACCCGCUGAGGAAGAAGAAGGCCGCGAACUUGAACAGCAUAAUCCACCGCCUGGAGAAGGCCGCCAGCCGGGAGGAGCCCAUCGAAUGGGAGUUCUGA